UUGUACGAUACAUGUGACUGAAGUGUUUUCAAAAGCCGUGAAUCACUUAAGUUGGAUAGUCUAAAGAUCUCGAAAAUACAUGUGAAUUUAUUCAAAUCAAUCCUUAGAAUGUAUAUAUUCAGGGUGGUUAAAACAUACAGUUAAAAGUAAAGAACAAAUGCUGUUACUAAUAUUCGCUUUGAUUGCUAUAUGCGGUAAAAAAUACGAUACCGUGAAGGCAUAUAAUCUUUUUAUUCUAUUUAUAGGUUUGAAUGAUGCGAUUUGUCAGGGAUAUCAAAAGCCAAAUCCAUCAGAAUGUCAUUUACUGUGUGAAGUUUGCACCUCCACCUUGAAUGCUACAAAAUACAUACUGGACAACGAACCAUUUUUGCCCAAAAUACUGGAAUAUCUCACUCCAAUAUGCUACAUGUUACCCAGACGACGAUAUCGAGAAAAGUGUCGUGAGCUUGUCGAAGGUGGCGCAGCUGAACGAAUUCAUGAAUGGAUUGAUCAUAUUGACCCUUAUAAAUAUUGUGCCGCUAUCAGACUAUGCAAACAUACAAAUUCAUCCUCAGAUCUCCAGGCAACCUCAUCUUGUACAAGUGAACACAUAGAAUAUGCUCUAACUGAAGUCCUUUCCCCUGAAUACAUUGAUACAGCGACAAAGGAACUAUGCAGUCGUUAUGCAGAAGAUGUUAACAAAGUAAGUUGACUCUAAAGUGAUAUGAAGACCUUUAGGCGUGGUACGAGUGAGUUAUAUACGGAAAUUGUUAAGAAUUAUGCGUGUUUCAAUUAAUCAGCUUUUUACACUGCUACAUAAUCUUGAAUAACUGAAUGACACCACCUUUGAUAAAGGUUGAGGACGAAUAUGAAGACCACGUUUUUCAUAAAAAACACUCACUGAUCAGUUAUAUUUUUUUAGUUUAACUAUCAUAAAGAAAUCCUUCAUCAUCGCCACUCAAUUAGUUUAGCAACUACUUAUUAGAAAGUAUUCAGUCAUUGUGCAACAUCAAACCAGGUGCGACCGGUUAUUUUUAGGCGCCAAUUAUUGGAUAUAUCAACUUUCUUAUACAUUAUCAUUAAUCAACUGUAAUUGUUUCGAAAAUACUCAUUUCUAGUGCACAAAUGUUCUGAAAAUGCUAGCGAAUAUGUUUUUCAAAUACAUUUUUGAGGUAAGUUCUAAAUCUUUCUUUUUGGUACCCUAGAAUAUAAAAUUUUAGGCAAAAGAUACCCCAUCAAACUCGUUUUUAAAGAGUAAAACCAAAGAGCUUUUUACUGAAGUAGAUGAAGGUUUCGAUGUGAAUUUAACCUGUGUAGAAUGUCAUUGCGCAACAAAUAUGCAGGAGGAAAUGGAGAUGGAUUGGGCAUGCACUGAGAAGGCCGACUGGGGACAUCACGCGUCAGGCCCUCGAGUACAAUCCCCAUGGUAAGCGACGAGUUGGACGUCCGAGGGUGACAUGGAGAUCGUGCGAGGAGGAAAUGAGAGCUUCUGGGCUGUCGUGGAGCCAGGUUCAAAAGAUUGAAGAGAACAGAGUUCUCUGGAGACGUGCUACUGAAGCCCUAUGUUUCAUUAGGAACCCAAGGGACUAAUAAUAAUAAUAGAAUGUCAUUGAUUUUAACCAUUUGUAGUUUUUUGGAGUGUAAUAUAAGUCAACUAGAAAACCAGUAAACUCUUGAAUGCAUUUACUAGAAGUCAUCCUUUGUUCUAAGGACCUUCAGCAGACGACUCGUACGCUUCACGACAUGAAGCCUUCUAAUCUUAUCUGACACAGGAUUAACCAACCGAAAAGCUGAAGAAUUCUAAACGACGAUGACAUAGCUGUCUAUUUUUUUCUGUAAUGUAGUAAAAUGCAUUUAAUCCAAGUUUAAAAUAAUUGACAAUGAAUGCCAUUUUGAUCAGUCUUUUAUAUACUUUUUUUCAAUUUUUAGAUGCAGAGGCAGUUAAUUGAUUUCAUAUAAGAAUAUAUAUACCGUUGAAAUAUAAAUUUUAUUUCAUACUUGGCCUUCCAUUUUUUGUGUUACUUUAAUAUAACAGAUACUUAGAGAAGGAUUUUGAUAUAGAAUAAAUUACUUCACCAAACAC